AUGGAAGAAUAUUCUGAAGAGCAAAUUAAGACCUUGAAUACUUUAGUCGAACAGUGGAUAUCGGUUGAUAUCAAUCCGAAAUCAAGAAAGGAGAUAAUUGAACUACAACAAGAAGGAAAUUAUUCAAAAUUGAAUGAAAAACUUUCGAAGCGAAUUGCGUUUGGUACCGCCGGGUUGAGGUCAACGAUGACUUCUGGCUUUGCACAUAUGAAUGAUGUUACCAUACUUCAGGCUUCUCAAGGGUUGAUCAAAUAUUUACUCGAGAAAAAUGAAUCAAACCAGAAUUUAUCUAUUGUUGUGGGUUAUGAUCAUAGAUUUCAUUCCCAGAGAUUUGCUGAAAUUACAGCCAGUGUUGCUUUGACACAAGGGUUUAAGGUAUAUUACUUAGGUUCAACAACUAAUUUAUCACGCGAAUCUAUUGAACUUUCAGAGGCUAAAUUUAAUGAGCUCCAAGAAGCUGAUAGAGGAUAUGUGCAUACGCCAUUAGUACCAUUCGCCAUUGAUUAUUUCAAAGCCUCAGCAGGAGUUAUGGUCACAGCUUCUCAUAAUCCUGCUCAAGAUAAUGGGUAUAAAGUCUAUUAUGGAAAUGGUUGCCAAAUCAUACCCCCAAAUGACUCAGGAAUAGCUAACUCUAUUGAGAGAAAUUUGGACCCUUGGCUUAACCAACAUGUAUGGGAUAUUGUAGGGAAUUUCAAGAAAAAUGCUGAUAAGUUAUUAUUUGGGGUAAAAGGAAAAGCUACAGAAAUGUAUGUUAACGCAGUUAAUGAGCUUUUAAUCCAAAAUCAUAAAUUGAGCUAUGAUUUCACUUACACUCCAAUGCAUGGAGUAGGAAUGGAGAUUUUCGAUAAAAUUAUCUCUUUAUUUGAAACAAAAUCCGAUAUCAAACCUGUCACAGAGCAAAUGAAUCCUGAUCCCGAGUUUCUGACGGUGAAGUUUCCCAAUCCAGAAGAAAAGGGUGCAUUAGCUUUAUCGAUCAAAAAUGCAAACGAACUGGGCCAUAAGUUAGUUAUUGCGAACGAUCCGGAUGCGGAUAGAUUUAGUGUUGCAAUUAAGUCAUAUAAAACAAAUGAAUGGGUGCAGUUAACAGGGAAUGAGAUUGGGUUCUUGUUUGCAAUGUACGUGAUUGAAGAAUUAACUCCAGAAAAUAAGCUAGAUAAAACAUACUUAAUUAAUUCUACCGUUUCAUCACAAGUCUUAGCCUCAAUGGCACAACAUCAUGGGUUUAAGUUUAUUGACACCUUAACUGGAUUCAAAUGGAUUGGUAAUAAGGCCAUUGAUUUAAAGAAAGAAGGGUUUAACGUACCAUUUGGUUACGAGGAAGCGAUAGGCUUUAUGUUUAGUGUAGCUAAUGACAAAGAUGGCAUUUCUGCCCUAGUUAUUUGGCUACAAUUGUACGAAACUUGGUUUGCAAACAAAGAAAAUUACGAUCCCGUUGAUAAAUUAAACGAGGGAUAUGAAAAAUACGGUUGGUACAAAGAAGCAAAUGGCUACUAUAAGCUAAACGAUCUAUCGAUGACCCAAAAAAUAUUUGAAAACACUAUUCGUAAAUCGUAUGAAGGAAGGCCUCAUCCACAAACUCUAGGAGACACAUUCUUAGUCGAUUCAUGGAGAGAUCUAACCCUAGGAUACGAUACUCUGACCCCCACCCAUGUGCCUGAUUUACCUGUUGAUCCCACCUCACAGAUGAUUACUGCCACAUUGAAACCAAAAGAUGCACAAUCAGAUAACGAAUUAGUGAGAUUUACUUGUCGUGGUUCAGGAACUGAACCCAAAUUAAAAAUCUACAUUGAAGGAAAAUCUGAUAUUGGUGAAAAUCGAGCUUUAUCUCUUGCUAAACUUUGUUGGAAUACCUUGAAGACAGAAUGGUUUAAACCCGAAGAGAAUGGAUUGCAAGAGGUUAUAUAG